CGGCGCGGCCCGGGACGGGGAAGGGGGAGCGGUGGCGGCCAUUUUGAUCGGGCCCCGUGAGGGGCCGUGAGGGGCGGCCAUGGAGGCGCGGCGGCUGCGGGUGCAGGAGCUGCGGGACGAGCUGGGCCGCCGCGGCCUGGACACCCGCGGGCUCAAGGCCGAGCUGGCCGAGCGGUUGCAAGCGGCGCUGGACAGCGAAGGAGCUCGGCGGGGGGACGCGGUGGGCGCUGAGGACCGAUACGGCCUCGACAACCACAGCCAUGAGCCUCAGGGUGGCUACCAGGAGCCUCAGGGUGGCUACCAGAGCCACCAGGGCCACCAAGGCCAGGAGUCCCAGGGCUACCAGGGCCACCAGGGCCAGGACCAUCAGGGCCACCAGGAGCCCCAGGGCUACCAACCCUACGAGGGUCACGAGCCCGAAGCCGAGCCGGGCUACGAGAGGGGAGCCCUGGACCAGGAGCCCCCCGGGCUGCCCCCAGAGCUGAACUCGAAGCCGGACGAGCUGCCCCCCCCCACCUCAGUCCCCCCCCCAAAUUACCCCGUGCCCCCUCCCCCCACGUUCCCCACCCCCCCUUACGGCCUCCCCCCCCCUCCUCCUCCCUUCCCCACCCCUCCCCCCCCUCCGGGGGGCUACGGAGCCCCCCCUCCCCCCCCAGCGGGGUACCCCCCAAAUUACAGCACCCCUCCCCCAAAUUACAGUGCCCCUCCCCCCCCAAAUUACAGCACCCCUCCCCCAAAUUACAGCACCCCUCCCCCAAAUUACAACACCCCUCCCCCAAAUUACAGUGCCCCUCCCCCUCCUAAUUACAGCACCCCCCCUAAUUACUCCAUGCCCCCCCCCCCCUUUAACACCCCCCCUCCCUACGCCACCCCUCCCCCCACGGGGGGUGGGGGGAAUUUUGGGGGGGGUCCUGACCCCCCGCAGCCCCCCCCGAGCCGGAAGCGUCCGUUCGAGGAUCGGGGGAGGGGCUACUACGAGCACCGCGAGGAGAAAAGGGGCCGCUCCCCACAGCCGCCGGCCGAGGAGGAGGAGGAGGAUUUCGACGACUCCCUGGUGGCCGUGGACACCUAUAACUGUGACCUGCACUUCAAGGUGGCGCGGGACAGGUACGGGGGGCACCCGCUGACCAUCGAGGGCUUCGCCUACCUGUGGUCAGGGGCCAGGGCCACCUACGGCGUGCGGCAGGGCCGCGUCUGCUUCGAGAUGAAGGUGAUGGAGGAGAUCUCGGUGCAGCACCUGCCGUCCUCAGAGCCCGACCCCCACGUGGUGAGAGUGGGCUGGUCCCUGGACUCGUGCAGCACCCAGCUGGGGGAGGAGCCCUUCUCCUACGGCUACGGCGGCACCGGCCGCAAAUCCACCGACGCCAAAUUCCAGAGCUACGGAGAGACCUUCGGAGAGAGUGAUGUCAUCGCCUGCCUGGCGGAUUUCGAGGCGGGCGAGGAGGUGGAGCUGUCGUUCCUCAAGAACGGCCGCUGGCAGGGCGUGGCGUUCCGCGUGCGCAAGGACGCGCUGGCCGGCCGGCCGCUCUUCCCGCACGUGCUGGUCAAGAACUGCGCCGUGGAGUUCAACUUCGGCCAGCGGCCGGAGCCCCUGCGGCCACUGCCCCCCGGCUUCACCCUCAUCCAGCACCUGCCCCUCGGACAGCGCCUGCGCGGCACCCGCGGGCCCAGCAGCAAGGCCGAGUGUGAGAUGCUGAUGAUGGUGGGGCUCCCGGCGGCGGGGAAGACGACGUGGGCGGUGAAACACGCGGCUGCCAACCCCGGCAAGAAGUACAACAUCCUGGGGACAAACGCCAUCAUGGACAAGAUGAGGGUGAUGGGGCUGCGGCGGCAGCGGAACUACGCGGGGCGCUGGGACGUGCUGAUCCAGCAGGCGACGCAGUGCCUGAACCGCCUGAUCCAGAUCGCUGCCCGCAAGCGCCGCAACUACAUCCUGGACCAGACCAACGUGUACGGCUCGGCGCAGCGGCGGAAGAUGCGUCCCUUCCAGGGCUUCCAGCGCAAGGCCAUCGUCAUCUGCCCCACGGACCAGGAGCUGCGCGAGCGCACCGUGCGGCGCACCGACGAGGAGGGCAAGGACGUGCCCGACCACGCCGUGCUCGAGAUGAAGGCCAACUUCACGCUGCCGGAGGCGGGCGAGUUCCUGGAGGCCGUGCAGUUCGUGGAGCUGCCGCGGGCCGAGGCGGCCGCGCUCGUGCGCCGCUACAACCGCGAGGGUCGCAGCGCCGAGCGGCGCCCGGAGCGCGGCCGCGGCACCGGGACCUUCCCGGGAACGCGAGCGUUCCGUGGGGCCGGCAACGGCACCGGGUAUCCCCGGGGGGGUUUCCCCCCCCCUCGCUGGGGCGGCGCCCCUCCCCCAUCCCGGGACGCCCCUCCCCCCCCCUCGGGGCCUCGGGGGGGUUCCAGAGCCCCGGGGGGAGCCCCCCCAGCGCCGCCCCCUCCCCCACGGCCGCCUACGGACAGGGCCCACAGGUGA